AUGAAAGCUGCUGCUUCUGUGCAACAUGCAAUUUCAGCCACUGAUCUUGUCAUUGAGGAUGACAUUAUCUUGAAGGACAAGCUCGCGGCGUCUGUCGAGCCAGAUGAUGCAUCUGUCGUUCCCGUAUACGUCGCGCCGCCGACCGCCGAGGACGAGGCCAACUUCUCGGCUGCCACAAGGGAACUUGUGGACCUGGAGUCGCCGAAGAGGCCUGCAAAGACCGUUCAUUUACCGCCCGAGCAUGUUCAGGAACAGCGGUAUCGCGAGCGAAAGGAGGCGCUAGAGGAGGAGCGGAGGAAGUCAGAGGCUGACAGGCCACUCCGACCUUCGCAUCUACAGAUGCAGGCAGAGCUGGCGUCCUCACCUUCGUCUACCGUUGGCGCGUAUUCUGCUGCGACACCUUUGCCGCCGCAGGAGUCACCAGACACUUCGCCAGACUCGGAGAAAGCUGCCGAGGAAAUAGUGCCGCCGCCGAAAGAUCUGCAACCAUCGCCUGAAGCGCAACGUGCAAAAGACCAACACGAUCGGCUCUUAGCUGCGCAGAAGGAGAUUGCGCGGAAGGACGCGAUGGGCAGUGAAGCUACGCCUGAUGAUCAGUUGAACUGGGAGGCUCGCGAAGCAGCUGCCCGUGAAGCGGAAGAGCAGUCAGCACGGCAAGGCAUCAGUGGUCUUGAGGCAGACACCACAAAUGUCAACGAGGGAACGCAGGCGGAAGAGGUCAUUCAGGAGAUGCAGGUUGAUGCAGCAGUGCAGUCUCUAGCCGGGUCACAGCCGAGUAAGAAUGAGACACCGCGUUCGCAAGUACACGAUGAUGGCGCUGCGUCCAAGCAGCGUGCGGUUGAUGACGACAACGACAACAUUACUGUCACACCGCGAGUCCGACCGACUCCGAUCGAUACCAGCCGGCGACAGGCCGAGUCUGCGACUGCGACUCCGCGCAUGACGACCCGAGUGUCUUCAGGUGCCAUGAGCCGGAAGAGCGUGUCCGAAAUUAUCGGCGAGUCUCCUGCGCCGCAAUCUGCUGCGUCGCGCCUCCGAAGGCAAGACUCUACAUUCGAGCCCAUUUCGCCUAUGACCGGUCGGCCACCUGUGGACGUAUCGCCAGCGAUUGCGCCUCACACGCCUCCACGGCCGCCACGUCCAUCGCCGUACCAGACACCGCAGAGGUCUACCCUUCCAGCUCACGAACUUGCUGCGCUAAAAGGCGUUGCCGAGGACCCAGAUCGCGAUUAUCUUGAACCGCUCUUCCGCAUUCAGGCCCACGACUCGCCGAAUUCGCACACCAGGGCUCUACCCGAGCUCGUAAAGUCUGCGCACAAGUACCUCUCGACAGAGGACCACUUCACGACCCUGCACGAGCGGAUGGAUUACCGCAUUCUUCGCCGCAUCUACCAGCUGCAGAAUGCGAACAAAUGGUCACUGCGGCAGAUGGAGAGGGUCAAGGAGCCGGAGCAGGCGGUCACUCAUCUUGACCACAUGAUGGCGGAGAUGAAGUGGAUGCGGAAGGACUUCAAGUCAGAACACAAGAUGAAGACGAGUGUCUGUGCUUGGCUGGCUGCGCGAUGUGCUGACUGGGUGGCUGCUGAUGCAGCAGGGAGGAAGGCUUUGCAGAUCAAAGUCCGUUCACCUACCGUGAAAGCGCCAAAGCUCGCCGACGAGCAGCCACCAGACCUUGACAUGGCCGGAGAGUCUGCGCCUGAAGACGACAAUUUUCCGCCGACGCCUAAGGAUGGGGGUGUGCUUUGCACAAGCUUGAUCGUGGAAGCAGAGCUGAACGAAGUUGUCGGCAAGCUAGAAAAGGCCGGAACGCUUGGUAAAGCGUUACGCACCUUGCCUGUUGUUGGAUUACGUUUCCCGGACCAGCAGAAGCCCGCACGUCCACUGACUGCGCUAUCAAAGUUUACUGAAGGUAAAGUCCUGCCUCAAGCCACCGGGCCGACUCACAAACGAAGUCGCUACGACUAUGAAGACGACGCUGAACUGCUUGACCGCGAACCCGCCGCGAAACGGCUUCGUGAUGCAAGCGAGCUUCCUCCCGAAGAUGAAGAAAUCGCUCUGUUCCACCCGGACAACAAGGCCAUUCGCGACCGUUUGCACGCCAACACUGCGUUCAGGCCACCUUCCGAGUUCAAUAUGCCUGCCACGACCUUUUACGAGUUCCGUAACGGGUCGCAAUGGAUCUGGGAAGAUGAUCAAAAACUGCGCAAGCUCGCAAAGGAGUACUCGUUCAAUUGGUCACUCAUCGCCGACGAGAUGAAACUCCCUACGCAAUUCAAAAGCGCCGCGGAGCGUCGGACGCCGUGGGAGUGCUUUGAGCGGUGGGUUGAGCUGGAGACUUUGCCGGCCGAGAUGCGCAAGACGAUUUACUUUAAGACGUGGUUUCAGCGGCUGGAGCAGAGUCAGCAGGCUGCUGAACGGAGGUAUCAAGCCCAGGUGGCCGCGAUACAGGCGCAGGCGGCGCAGAAUGGGCAGGGCGGGCAAGUGCAUGUUCCGCAGCGGCGGAGGACGGUGCCGAGUCGGGUCCAGAAGCGGAAGAAUACGCGGUACAUCUGGUUGGUGGAUGCGAUGCGGAAGCUUGCUAAGAAGAGGGAGCAGACAGCGUUCAAGACCGCUGAAGCUCAACGCAACGCGGCAGGACGACCGAAAGCGCCCGACAACAACGUUCCGCCACGCCAAGGUCCUGCACCAACUCCUCAAGAACUGAGCAAGCGUCGCUUCGAGCAUGAUCUCAAACUUGCUGAGGUACAGCGAGCGCAGCGACAACAGAUGCUUCAACGACAUCACGAGCAGCUCUUACAGCGGGCACGCACCGUACAGCAGCAAGGACAGCCUAAUGGUGCGCCAACCCAGCAACGCUCAAGCACCGCGAACGCACCGCCACAGCACCCACAAAUGCAAGCCAACGGCCAGCAGCAACCGCAAGUGAAUAUGAACGGUCAAUUGCCACAACAGCCUCGACCAGCCUUGCCUAUGACUACUAAGAACGGCCAUCUCGCUGUCCCGCAUGUCAACGCGCAGGGGUUACCACAAGCGCCAAUGCAGCAGCAUGGAGCUCAGACGGCCCAGCAGCAGCAGAUGCUGAGGAUUGCUCAAGCGCAGGCGCAGCAGCGCAAUGGGCAGUAUCCACAGUAUCCCAUGGUGAACGGCAACAUGGCCAGUCCCGGCAGCAAUAUGACGACGCAGCAACACCUCCAGCACAAUCAAGCUUUGCUGGCUCAGAUGAGUGCCGCGCAGCAGCAGCAGGGUCACGGCUUAGGACAAGCCGCAGCCGUGCACGUCAAUGGUAGCGGCCACCAGAUGUCUUCCGCUUCGCCGAGUAUGCCACCGCCGCCAACACCGCAGAAUCAAGCACAACAGCAGCCUGGUCAGCUCUCCUCUGGUCUCACUCCCGCCCUCAUCAUGAUCAAGAAUGAUCUGCGAGCGAAGAACCCUCAGUUCACGGAGGAUCAGCUCAACACAGAGGCGACGAGGAGGUUGCAAAUGCAGUCAAAAGCGCAGAUUCAGUCCACGAACCAAGUCAGACAGAGCGCCAUGAACGCCGCGGCGGGCAUCAGCCACCAUGCAAAUACUAUGCACGCACAAGCUUAUGAUCAGAACCAGGCAGCCAAUAACGGUGACGGCAGCGCGUCGUCUCCUCACGCCAAUCCGCAGGCCGCGGCCGCUUACGCGAACCAAGUACGAGCGAGGCAAAUGCAGCAGAUGCAGAUGAUGGGGCGAAUGCAGCAGCAACAGCAACAGCAACAGCAACACUCGCAAUCCCCUAGCUUGGCACACGCGCAGCUUUCUGUUAAUGGAAGUCCCGCCCUGGCGCACGUAAGUCCUAGUAUGGCUCCGGCAAGUCCGGCGAUGACGUAUGGAGUUCGCCCGCCGAGUCGCAAUCAGACGCCUGGCGGUGGUGGUGGUCUGCAGCGGAUGAGCAGCUCCGGGAGUGUGCCGGGUCUCAAUGGCAUGCCAGGAGUGGGCGGGAUGCAGAGUCCAGGUGGGACGGCCAUGGUGCAGGGGAGUCCGAGAGGGAUGCAGGCCAGCAUGGCGAGAUAG